CAUCGCCGAGCCAAUAUUUCAAUGUUUAACGGAACGGUUGCAAUACGUCAGUCUUAAAUGUGUAUCCAACAAUAAAACGAGCUGCUUAAUUCUCUGCGGAGAAUCGGAGAAAAUUUAAGCUAUGGGAUCGCAUUCCAAUUCUAAUCUUGCCAUUCCAUUUUAUGUACCUAAUCUAAUCGGUUACGCAAGACUUAUACUCAUCAUCAUAGCACAUCACGUAAAAGAUGAAUCUCCAGAGAUAGCUGUACUCCUCUAUGCAAUUUUUGCUGCAUGCGAUGGAAUUGAUGGUUAUGCGGCAAGAAAAUUAAAUCAGUGUUCAGCAUUUGGGGCAUGGCUGGAUGUAAUAAUAGAUAAUAUUGGAAGGACUAUGAUCUGGUCAAAUUUUAAGUGGGGGUUGCUUGUCGCAAACCUGGAAUGGAUCACCUAUGUGUGCAACCACUGUCAUGGAGCAGGGUGGCGAGAACAACUGUGGAAAGAUUCAUUUGCAAAUGCUCCAAUCUAUGUGAACAAAGUUAUGGCAAAAGGUUUCAAAACACCUUAUGGGAUCCUUGCAGUUGGAGGUCUGCAUGUACUACCAAUUUGGAUGUUUGGUUGGGACCGCAAUGUUUUUACAUCACAUCUCUCAUUCUUGCCUUCUUGGAUUCCAGUUUCGGGAUUCCUGAUUUUACUGGCUGGGAGGAUUCUUUGUGCAUUGGUGGAGUUAUGGUGUGUUAAAGUACAUCUAAAAUACCUUCUAAAGGACAACAAUAGCAAUGAAAAGCCAAAUUAAAUUUAAGAGUUAAGUAAACACUACCCCUAGUCGAAAUGCAUCACAAUAACAGUAAUGAAACUCAGUAAGGACAACACAGAAAUUUAAUAGUUGAUAUGAGGUUACUCACAUGCUUGUUGAACAAAUUUAUUGGGUCUGGUUGUAGGCAGAGUUUUUCUCCUGCAAAAUCAUAAGUUGAUGAGAAUACAUACUUUAGAGUUUGAUUGUUAA